CCUGUUUCUCCCUGUCAGGGGAGUUUCAGCCUCAGCUUCAAAAGAACAAACCCGCCCUCAAAACAAAGGAAGACAGUCCUGACUGCGAGGAAGCAGGAAGCCGCCGCCGCUCGCUCGCUCGCAGCCCAGCUGCUGGGACCGGGGCAGCAGGAUGGAGUCCGUGGCCCUGUACAGUUUCCAGGCCACAGAGAGCGAUGAACUGGCCUUCAACAAAGGGGACACGCUCAAGAUCCUGAACAUGGAGGACGACCAGAACUGGUACAAGGCUGAGCUCCGGGGCGCCGAGGGGUUCAUUCCCAAGAACUACAUCCGAGUCAAGCCCCACCCGUGGUACUCAGGCAGGAUUUCCCGGCAGCUGGCAGAAGAGAUUCUGAUGAAGCGGAACUACCUGGGAGCCUUCUUGAUCCGGGAGAGCGAGAGCUCCCCAGGGGAGUUCUCCAUCUCUGUGAACUACGGGGACCAGGUGCAGCACUUCAAGGUGCUGCGUGAAGCCUCGGGCAAGUACUUCCUGUGGGAGGAGAAGUUCAACUCCCUCAACGAGCUGGUCGACUUCUACCGCACCACCACCAUCGCCAAGAAGCGCCAGGUCUUCCUGCGGGAUGAGGAGCCCCCACUCCAGCCGCCUCGGACCGGCUUCGCCCAGGCCCAGUUUGACUUCUCGGCUCAGGACCCCUCCCAGCUCAGCUUCCGCCGCGGUGACAUCAUCGAGGUCCUGGAGCACCUGGACCCGCACUGGUGGCGAGGCCGGUUCUGCGGGCAGGUGGGUUUCUUCCCCCGGAGCUACGUCCAGCCCGUGCACCUCUGACCGGAGUGGGGCUGGGGCCGAGCCAGCAGACCAUCUGUCCACAGGACGCUGAAGUCCAGAGAGACACCAUGGACGCCCCUCCGGGCCCCCGGGGCUCGGCCCAGGCCUCGGUAGGGACACGGCCUCUGACGGCCCAGCCCAGCCCUCUGCUCCACAUGAACCAGGGCUGCCCCGUGUCCACAGCCAACACCAAGUGCAGUGCCCGCUGGGCAAGGGGCGCUCCCGGGGUUCCCGCAGCCUCUUCCCACUGGUCACCAGCAUUGUGACACCCUAGGGUGGGCUGACAGAGGCUCAGCCCACUCCACCGUCAGUGGCCCCACCCACCGGGCU